GAUUGGACUAAAAGACGAAGCAGUUUAGCUCGUCCUCCUUUCGUUUGAGACGGACUAGUUACAGGAGCAAACCAGCCUCCCUUCUUUGCGAGCAAACAUUUGAAAGAGACCGUGAUUACACAAGCAGGGAUUAAGAAGCAGAAAAAUAUAAUUUUAUAUUCCUCUCGGUGACGUGUCUGUCGGCUUCAAGGAGGGAAGACCUGAGCCGCCAUGUACAAUGGCAUAGGCCUGACCACUCCUCGGGGCAGCGGCACCAAUGGUUACGUGCAGCGGAACUUGUCCACUCUGCGGGCCAAACGGCCGCGAGAUGAACGUGGUGGUGAAAGGGACGAAAAGGAUCGGGAGCGGCUGGAGAGUCAGCUCAACAGGCAGCCCAAUGCCGACAUCCUGGAGCACCAGAGAAAGCGACAGCUGGAGGUGGAGUGUGCCAAGCUGCAGGACAUGAUGGAGGAGCAAGGAUACUCUGCAGAGGAGAUUGAGGAGAAGGUGAAUAGUUUUCGAAUGAUGCUGCAGGAGCAGCAAGAGAAGCCCCCUGCCUCCACCGACAAGACGUCCGUAACAGAAACUCACGCUCUGGCUGCGGCCAACCAGCAGAAGAACGAUCGUCUGCGGGAGGCCUUUGGAAUCUCCAGCGACUACGUCGACGGAUCGUCGUUCCAUGCCGAUCGCAAAGAGAAGGAGAAAGAGAAGCGAGAGCAGGAGCGUUUGGAGAGAGAAAAGCAGCAGCAGCAGCAAUACACGUUGAUAGAAGACUCGGAUGACUCUGAUUCCCCGCCAAAGAAACGCAGUCGGAAGAAAAAGAAAAAGAACCAGAAGAGGGCUGGGUCGCAGAGCUGCUCGCCAUCUCCUCGCCGAGAGAAAAGAUCUAAGAAAAAGAAGAAACGAGAGUCGUCAGUGGAAGAGCAGCAGGACGGUUCCCCAGAUGACAAGCAGAAGGCGUCCAAGAAGAAGAAGAAGAAGAAGACGACGAAGAAAGCGAGUAAAAGUCCUGCAAAGACAAAGACAGCGCGGCACAGGAGCGUCUCGUCCGCUUCAGCUCACAGUCGCUCACCUGCACCGCCAAGGUUGCGUCAGCAUCAGCACAAAGAAGACAGUGCACGCAGACCAGUGUCUCCACACCGGAGGGCAGAUCCCCCGGAACAAAGAGCACCUCGUGAGAGACGACAAGAGAAGGUGACAGGGAAGGCAAAAACCUCCACCACCAAAAGACGAGACUCCUCAUCCUCGUCCUCGCCUUCACAGACGGACCGAAGCCGAGACGCGCAGAAGAGGAGCUCCAUGAGCAAAGGGACUGAGAAGAGGAGAGCGAAGGAGGACCCGCGAAGAAGAUCAAGGAGCAAAGACGCAGAAAGUCCGGGAAGUGCAGAAGGUGGAAAAGAGAGCAAAAGCAGAGACAAGAGGAGCGGAGCUCGGACGUCUCCCCCCCACAGGAUGAGACAUGACUCGUCCUCUCCCUCUCCUCCUCCCAAGGUGGACAGCAGGGGUGGUGGGAGUAGAGCACGCGAGGAGGACAGGAGCCUCAAGAAACAUCAAGACACUAAGACGUCCCCCUGGCCGCCUCCUGACAGGACGAGAAGAGAAAGCAAGUCUCCUCCUCAGAGGACCAAUGACAAGACCAGACUUCAGCAGCCGCGCCUCCGCUCACCCCCCAGGGAGGAUGAGGACACGAGACGCAGGAUGGAAGACCGAGGGCGGGCCCUGCAAGGAGGCAGGAAGCCCGAUGAAGCGGCAGGAAGUAGGAGCGACAGCAGGAGGACAGAAACACUAGAAGACAGGAAGAGGAAGCUGGCGGAGAAAAAAAGGGAGGAGAGCAGCGACAGUGACUCUUCCUCCUCCUCCUCUUCAUCAUCCUCUUCCUCCUCAUCCUCGUCCUCUGAAGACGAGGACAAAACCAAAACGACUUCCAGCAAAGACAAACGUGGCUCGUCUGCUAUCGGAGCGGCCGUUCAACGGUACAUUGCCAACGGACGCGUGGAAAGCUCCGCCUCCCCUACCAAAUCCCAGAAACAGCCGGAAGGCAAUGAGCGACGCCCCCAACCAGCACCUGUGCCCGCCCCUCCAAACAAGGGCCAGCAGCAGUGCAGUCCGAGUCCACUGCCCUGCCCCCGCCUAGUUGGACUUGACAGGGUGAGGGGGUCAGAGGUCAGAGUUGACCAAUCAAGACGCGCCACAAGGACCAGUCCUGCAUCCAGGAGGUCACGCUCGCCCCCGUCACGUGCCACCCCGCCCAAACAGUACCAGGACCCACUCCCCCGCCACAGGAGAACCAGUCCUCCUUCAGACUGGGACAGAGACCGCCAGAGGGACAGAGGACGUGAGCGUGCUGCCAGACGGAGCAGGUCCAGGAGCAGAAGUCCCAUGAGGACUAACGGGUCCAGGUUUAGGAGUCCCAUCAGGACCAGGAGUCCCAUCAGGACCAGGAGUCCCAUCAGGACCAGGAGUCCCAUCAGGACCAGGAGCCCCAUGAGGACCAAUGGAUCUAGGACCAGGAGUCCUAGGAGGCGUAGUGGAUCUAGAACCCGGAGUCCGAAAAGGCGUAGUGGAUCCAGGACCAGGGGCCCGAGGAGGCGUAGUGGAUCCAGGAACAGGAGCCCGAGGAGGCGUAGUGGAUCUAAAACCAGAAGCCCGGGAAGGCGUAGUGGAUCCAGGACCAGGAGCCCGAGGAGGAGCCCUGUUGUCAGGUGCCGCCGCCCUCCUUCUCUGCCACGCAGAAGAUUGGACAGUCGUUCGCCAUCACCUUUGCUGAAGAAGCCAAUCAAUCGCUCUCCUUCACCGAUACAAAAGAUUCAGAGUUAUGGGCCUGCGUCCACAGAAAGAGACGGAAAGAGUCUGAGAGAGACGGACAAAGAGCGAGGGAGAGGGAAGGAACGCGUCGUCGUGAAAGACACUCGUCAACCCAGUAGAUCUUCGUCCUCGUCUUCCUCGUCUUCUUCCAGCUCGUCCACAUCCUCAUCAUCAUCAUCAUCCUCCUCCUCCUCGUCCUCGUCUGGACACAGCAGAGAGAGAAGCGCUGUGGCCAAAGACAAGAAGAGCAAGCAGGAUGACAAAAGUCGUAAAGACAAGAUGCAAAAAAGUAGCUCCGCUUACUUGGCCGCUCCUUGCAAAGACUCAGCUGUGACCUCCAUGUUGCCGCUUGGCAGCCAAUCAGAGCGCAAGGAUUCCUCUCGCUCUCUGGACAGGAAGCCAUCGCCACCUGCGUCCCGCCAGUCUCAGGAGGAAGUGCGACUUAAGCGUGUCGUCAACGGCAAGGAGGCCAAGACUGACAAGAAAGGAAGCAGCAGCUCUAGCUCAUCUUCAUCCUCGUCCUCCUCGUCCUCGUCAUCGUCCUCAGACAGCUCAGACUCUGAGGACCAACAAGCAAAAGGGAAAAAAAAAGCUGAGCGUUCACGCUCUCCAUCAGGCGGUGAUAAAAACGAGAAGAAGAAAAGGCUGCCGGCAGACUCGCUGCGAGAUUCGCGCUCGCUCAGCUACUCUCCGCCACGACACAUGCGAGGAGACCACGCUUCCUCUCGCCGCAGCAGACCGUCACCUGGCAGCACGUCCAGCAGCAGGCGGAAGUAAUGAGAGCUUUUGAGUGGAGGAGGUUCACGUGUGGGUCAUGUGACUUUGUUGUGUAGUGUAGAUGUUCUUUCAUGAAGUUUCCUCAGAAGAAUAAAGAUAAUUGUACAUUUUA